AUGUCCUUUUUUGGUUUUGACGCAUCUUUGCCAAACAGUGAAAAGGUCAAUUCAAAAAAAAAAAAGCCUUUAGAUUUUGAUGAAACUUAUAAAGGUUUAGGUGAUUAUGAACUUGAAGAAAAUGAUUAUUUGAAUAAUGAGACCUUUGGUGCCAAUGUAGAAUUAGGUACGGACUUCGAUUUUGGUCAUGGUGAUUCAACCCCUGUUUCUAAUCCAGACGUUCCACAUAGAUCUUAUGUCGCUGCUGCAUCUACUGGUAUGAAUGUUCCACAGGAAAAUUUAGACACCACUAUAGAUUUGAAACCAAUGGAAUCAUUAUGGGGUGGUAGCGGUCACAAUAAUCAACAAGUAAUGCAACAACCAAUUCAACCAGCGGAGCCUCAAAUUUUAUCAAUGGAAGAAAUUGAAAGACAACAACGUCAAUUACAAAUGAACCCUUCAAUGCAACAACAAGGCGGUUACGUAAUGCCUCCACCGGGUUUUAUGCAACAACAAGGCCCCCCAGGAAACAUGAACAACCAGUUCCCCAACCAAUUCCCACCUCAAUUUGUUCCACCUGGAAUGCCAAAUCAACCUCAAUUCCAACAAAUCCCUCAAGAUUUCCACCAACAAAUGUACCAACCACCAAACCAACAAUUCCAUCCACAGCAGAUGAAUGUGCCACCAUUUCAACAUCCUCAAGCAAUUGAACAACAACAGCAACAACAACCUCGCCCAAAUAUUCAAUCACCACAGGAGAUUCAACCAAAUCAAGCUAUCCAGCAACAACCAAAUGAAGCUAUGAAAUCUCCAUCUGUUGAACAAGAAGCUAUGAAAUCAUCUGUUCAACAACAACAUUUACAAUCUCGUCUAUCUCCACAACAACAUCGUCCUCGCACUAGCUCAAUGUCUAGACAACAACACCAACAACAAAGAAGAGAACCACCAUCUGCGGAAGAACAAAAAAGAUUGCAAAUUCGUCAUGCUAAGGUUGAAAAAAUUUUGAAGCAUUCUGGCUUGAUGACUCCUCGUGAUAAAGAUUUCAUUACACGUUAUCAAUUAUCCCAAAUUGUUACAGAAGAUCCAUACAAUGAGGAUUUUUACUUUCAAGUUUACAAGAUUAUCCAACGUGGUGGUGUUGUUGGUGAAUCUAAUAAAGGCUUGAUUGCACGUGCCUAUUUGGAGCAUUCUGGUCACAGACUUGGUGGGAGAUACAAACGUGCUGACAUAGCUUUACAAAGAAUGCAAAGUCAAGUUGAAAAAGCUGUUACGGUUGCUAAAGAGAGACCACACAAAAAUGCUCUUGAAAUUAAUGAUCUAGAUAAAAAUUCAGAACAUGGUCGUGAUGGUGUUUUAGGUAAAAUCUCUUCUACUUUGAAUAGUAAGGCACCACGUAGACAAUUGCAGAUUCCUUUAAAAUCUGCUAAUUCUAAUGAUAACUCAACUUCUUCUCUUGGUUCUCCAAUUCAAGGAAAUAACAUGAUGAAUGCUGCAACUUCUGGUGCCUUGGAAGAAGUUACUGAAUCCUUAGGUAAUGUGGACAUCAACGCAAAGUCCAGAGUAAGAAGAAGAUCUUCUUAUGCAUUUACUUCUGUGGAUCAAAACUCUGUUCUUUCUAGAUCGGGUGGUAGAAAGUUUGUGUUAAGAUUAAUCGAAACUGUUUAUGGAGAAGUUUUAGAACUUGAAGCCAAUCUAAGAAGUGGUAAGAAGAUUGAUAAUAAUAAAUUAUGGGAUGCUUUACAUAUUGACGAUGAGGCUUACGAAGUUUGUCCAUUUGUGUCAAUGCUAUCUUUCGAUAAAGGUGUCAAAAUUAUGCCAAGAAUUUUCAAUUUCUUAAACAAGGAGCAAAAAUUGAAAUUAUUGCAGAUUUUCUUUUCAGAAUUAUCACAUCUGAAUAUUAUCAUUAUCAGUUCUUACAAGACUAACCCAACACCUUCUGAAUCACAAUUGAAGCAAAUUGAUUUAUUCCAAACCGUUUUCUUAAAGAUUAUCGUUUCAUUUUUAUCAAAUAAUUCGAACUUUAUUGAAAUCAUGGGUUUGUUAUUGCAUCUAAUAAAGAAUAAUAAUGUUUCAUUCAUUUCUACGUCAAAAAUUGGUUUGAAUUUAAUUACCGUAUUAAUAUCUCGUGCAGCUCUUAUUAGACAGGAUUCUAAUAGAAGUAAUAUUUUAUCAUCUCCUGAAAUCUCUACGUGGAAUGAAAUUUAUGAUAAAUUGUUUACUUCAUUGGAAAGCAAAUUAUCAUUGAUUUUCCCACCAAAGGAAUAUACUAAUAAGAUAAUUAGCAUUACCAACGAUCCGCAAUUUUUACAAGAUGAUACCGAAUUGAAUCUAUGUUAUUAUGAUCAGGCCUACAUAUGGCAAUUCUUGGCUUCAUUGGCUUUAAGUGGUAAACUAAAUCAUCAACGUAUCAUAAUUGAUGAAGUCAGGGAUGAAAUCUUUGGUACAAUAACUUUAGCAGAAAGUUUAAAGAGUGUCAACAGUAACGACUCAACAUAUAGACGUGAAAAGCUUUAUCAAGAUUUGAAUUUGUUCUUGAACGUUAUGGGAUUAGUCUCUAGAGAUGGCGAGAUCACUGAAUUGAAAUGA